AUGCAAGAAUACUCAAUCCCGAGCGAAGCGCGGACGGUGCUCGAGAAUGGCAUUCUCAACCAUCCCCACCACCAAGAUCUUCCCGCAGAGUGCAAGGACCUGAUUGAACACGUUGAGUAUCGUGGCCAUCCUCUUCCACGCAUAGCAGUCAACUGGCGUUUUGCUGAGUCGACUGCUGCUCUCAAAGGGUUGGAGGGAAUCCUCCUCAAUCACCUCCUCGUUAAAAAGUAUGGCGUCCAACCUCAACGCAUCACCAUCGACACCUCCCACGCCAGUCUAUUCAUAAUGAGCCCGUAUCUUGUGGAGCUCAAUCCGUCUCCCGCUGGUCCGAUCGAAACAACCUCCCUGUUCGACUCCCAAGCCAAGUUUGCGGCCUACUUCCCCAAUACUGACAUCCACGGUAUGGCUUCGUCACCGCUUCGCAGCCAGGUUUCCAACAUUUACCGCGCCCGGGACGGACGCUUUGUGCACACCCACGCGAGUCUCAAUCCGAGUGACACCCUGCGUGCACUGGGUCUGCCUGAGGACGAGCCGAGCAUCACCACAAGGGAGCAGGCGUGGAACUGUCUUGGCUCAAAAAUCGGCGAAAAAGACGCGGCAGACUGGGACACUGUCCUGGGAGAAGGGGCACGGCAGGCUGCUACAGUAUGCCUGAACUCCGAUGAGUACGCGGACAGUGAGCAGGGUAAGGCUAACGCCAAUGUGGGAUUGUACAAAAUCCACGCAUAUCCGUCCGCCGCUCAGCCGUCAUCUUGGUGGCCACCGGGUCUCGAGACUGGGCCGGGCAGGCCUUUGGCAGGUCUGAAAGUGUUGGACUUGACACGUGUGAUUGCCAGUCCAACAAUGACGAGGGGGUUGGCCGAGCUGGGCGCCAGUGUGAUGCGUGUGACAGCGCCACAUCUGCCGGACUACUCGGGUUUGCUGCCGGAUCUGAAUUGGGGCAAGUGGAAUUGUAGCCUGGACUUUCGAAAAGAUGAGGAUCGGGACAAGCUACGAGCAUUGCUCAGGGAAGCGGAUGUGGUGGUGAAUGGCUAUCGACCGGGUGUGCUGGACAAAUAUGGCCUGGGCUUCGACGAGCUACGGAAGGUUGGCGACGAGAGAGGCAGGGGCUUCAUCUACGUGCGCGAGAACUGUUUUGGUUGGAACGGGCCAAUGAAGCACCGGAGUGGUUGGCAGCCAGUGAGUGAUGCACACACCGGGGUUUCCUGGAGGUUUGGACAGGCAAUGGGACUGCAGGAGCCGGUCAGCCCAGUAUUUCCUCACAGCGAUUUCAUCACAGGCAUUGCCGGGACGUGUGCAGUCCUGCAAGCAUUGAUACAGAGGUCCGAGGCGGGCGGCAGCUUCCUGAUCGAUACGGCGUUGAACUACUGCAAUUCAUGGUUCGUGAAAGAAGUCGGGGAAUAUCCCGAGGACGUAUGGCGGGCCGUAUGGGCAAAAAGUGGCAAGCAGGUCUUCAGGCACUUCAACAACACUGGUAUGUUAUUAUCGCCACACAUGAAGAUUUGUGCGGAUCUAGGGCUGUUCGAGAAGGGAUUUCUGGAGGUGCGAGAAUGUGGUGCGUUAGGCAGGCUGACGAUGAGGGUCGUCAAACCGGUGCUUUCAUUCCCCGAUGGCAGAGUGAGGCCUGGUUUCAACGUGAGCACGAGAGGAAACGGCGUUGAUCAAGCCUACUGGCCAGAGGAUCUUUCGGUGGAAGUCGUGUCUUGA